AAAGAAGAGUGGUAUUAAUGAAGAAGAAUACCAUAUACUUAUCUUCAUUACAAUGCUUCCCAUCCUAAAAACUCGGAUCAUGUCUCCACCAUAUUAUCUUAUAUUUGCUUUAAUCUCUCAUGCAAACUAACACAAACCGAAUAUAUAAAUAAGAAGAAGAUGGAGAGCUCAAUUGGGUUCAUGACAGUCUUCGCCGUCUCCGGAAGCGUGGUGCUCCUUGCAGCUCAGUUACACAAACGUCUCCUCUCCGAUUACAUGGAUAAGCUCCAACCUCACUUUGAUAUGAAGAGUAAGAAGAAGAAGAAGAAAAAGGUGAGUUUUGCAGAUGAUGUGAUGGAGCCGUCAAGGAACAACGAAGAGUAUCGCCGGAAAAAUCGGAAAGAGGAUGAAGGAAGAAGAAGAAGAAGAAGUCCACAACCACAAAAGAGUCAACUUUUAUAACAAGUCAACACUCAACGGUAUUAGCAGACCUUUAAUGUUAGUUACUAUCAUAAGUUGUUCUCUUCUUAAUUUGGUAAUAUUAAUUUAUACACCGCUCUUUCCAAAAAUAGGAGCUAAACCGGACUACAUACCCAAUUCCAUGUUGUUAUUAAUGUCAGUGGAUACAGAAUGUCUGUUGUUAAUGUUCUGAGUCGUAUCAACUACCCUAUUUAUUAGGACCAGCCAAAUAAGAAUAAGAUUAACCUAUUAAUUAGAUCCAACCAAAUAUUCAAGAUUAGGAUCAGCUAUGAUUGUUGUUGAACAAAAAAAGAAGGAUAUGAUUGUUGAACAAAAUAAUUGGGCUUUCAGGAUAAGCCCAAGACUUUU